AUGAAUUGCUGGGCUCUUUCCUUGAGGUGUCGUUUCUUGUUUCAUGCUAUUGAAACAUUAAUCUUAACUUAUUACAGCUUCUUUGUGUUGGUCAGCUCUCAGGGUCAUUUCCCUAGGCUUGAAAAUGUGGGAGCUUUCAAGAACGUGUCAAUCGUGCCAACUGAAGCCACUUGUGGGCUGCCAGACCGAAGUUCUUUCUGUCAUAGCUCAACAGCUGUUGAAAGUAUUAUGUCCUGCAUCCAGAGGUUUUGUGUUCAGGAAUGUCCAUAUAGGUCGUCGCCUUCUUCCUACAAACUGCUUCUUUCAGAAGGCCUUGGUACCUGUAUCACAGAGGACAAAAGGGACUUGUAUCCAGGGUCCUUCAGCAACGCUUCCAGUUUUAUUUUUCAUAAUCACAAGGAUUGCUUCUCUACUCCCCGUUCCCCAAGGCUUGCAGCUUCAUUUACGUUAACUGUAUGGUUGAAACCUGAGCAAGAAGGUGUAAUGUGUGUGAUAGAAAAGGCUAUUGAUGGGCAGACUGUGUUCAAACUCACAAUCUCUGAGAAAGAGACCAUGUUUUAUUAUCGCACAGUAAAUGGUUUGCAGCCACCAAUAAAAGUAAUGACACUGGGGAGAAUUCUUGUGAAGAAAUGGAUUCAUCUUAGUGUGCAGGUGCAUCACAGCAGAAUUAGUUUCUUCUUGAAUGGCUGGGAAGAUGACAACACACCUUUUGAUUCAAGGAUUCUUGUGGGAACAAUUGCAGAUACUGAUGCUGAUGCUACACUGCAAAUUGGACAAAGUGUUACAGGUUUAGAACAAUUUGUGGGAAGAAUGCAAGAUUUCCGAUUUUAUCCAGUAGCACUUACAAACAGAGACAUUUUGGAAGUAUUCUCUGGAAAAUUUCCUCAUCUGCAUACCCAAUCCGAGUGCCGCUGUCCUGGAAGUCAUCCUCGGGUACACCCAUUGAUACAGAGGUACUGCAUCCCUAAUGGUGCGGAGGAUACCACUAACGACAGAGUGCUGAGGUUGGAUGCAGAAGCCCAUCCUCUGUAUUACAUCAAUGAUGAUGACAUUGGGACCACCUGGAUUUCAUCUGUGUUUGCUAAUACUGCAGGUCUGGAUCAUGGUGUUUCUAUCACAAUAGAUUUACAAAAUGGACAGUAUCAGGUAUUCUAUAUUAUACUGCAAUUCUUUAGCCCACACCCCGAAGCAAUAAUAAUUGAAAGGAAAAAAAGAGAUGAUCUAAACUGGGAAGACUGGCAGUAUUUUGCUAAAGAUUGCAGUAUUUUUGGAAUGGAUAACAAUGGAUCUCUGGAAAAACCAGACUCUGUCAACUGUCUCCAGCUUCCAAGCUUUACACCGUAUUCCCGCGGUAACCUAACUUUCAGUGUUCUUACUCCGGAACCAAAUCACCGACCUGGUUACAAUGACUUUUACAAUAGUCCAUCUCUCCAAGAAUUUGUAAAAGCUGCACAAGUGAGGAUUCAUCUCCGUGGCCAGUAUCAUACUAAUGAGUCUUUGGUAAAUUUUAGGCAUAGAUACUAUGGAGUUAAUGAAGUUACAGUCAGCGGAAGGUGUAAUUGUCAUGGCCAUGCUGAUAAUUGUGACACAACUAUGGAACUUUACAGGUGCCUGUGCAUCAAGGAAAGCUAUACAGAAGGAAAUAAUUGUGAUCGCUGUUUGCCGUUGUACAAUGACAAGCCUUUUCGCCCAGGUGACCAAGUUCAUGCCCACAACUGCAAACCUUGUCAGUGUUACAGCCAUGCAGUAAGCUGCCACUAUGACUUAGCAAUGGACCCUUUCCCUCAGGAACACUACAGAGGCAGCGGUGGAGUGUGUGAUAACUGUGAACACAACACAGCCGGAAGGAACUGUGAGCUGUGCAAGGAUUUCCAUUACAGACAAGCAGGUGCAGAUCUUGCAGCCGUCGAUGUUUGCAAACCCUGUGACUGUUAUGCAACAGGCACCAAAAAUAAGAGCCUCCUGUGUGAUAGUAUUGGAGGCCAGUGUAAUUGUAAGAGACAUGUGUCUGGCAGACAAUGCAAUCAGUGCCAGGAAGGAUUCUACAACCUACAACAGUCAAACCCUGAUGGCUGCAGUCCCUGUAACUGUAAUACCUCUGGGACAGUCAAUGGAGAUAUUACCUGUCACCAAAAUUCAGGCCAGUGCAAGUGCAAAGCGAAUGUUAUUGGUCUUAGGUGUGAUAGUUGCAAUUUUGGAUUUAAAGCUCUUGGAUAUUCUAAUGAAGAUGGAUGUGAGCCUUGUUGGUGCAACAGCCACGGCUCAGUGAACCAGUUCUGCAACCCUCUCUCCGGGCAGUGCAACUGUAAAGAACGAGUGAAAGGACUUCACUGUGACACCUGCAUGGACAACUUUUAUGGGCUGGAUAUAACUGGUUGUAAGGCAUGUGAAUGUAGCAUUGAAGGAUCAUAUUCUGGGACUGUGUGCGAUGCAAAGACAGGACAAUGUGCAUGUAAACCAAAUAUUGGAGGAAGACGAUGCGACGAAUGCCUAGAUGGCUACCGCAAAAUACAGGACAAACAUUCCUUUGUUUGUCUGCUGUGUAAUUGUGAUAAGGCAGGCACAGUAAAUGGCUCUCUGCUUUGUGACAAGUCAACAGGACAGUGUCCUUGCAAAGCUGGUGUAACUGGCCUUCAGUGCAGUCAGUGCAAGCCUCAUACGUACGACCUCAGCCUGAACAACCUCCUCGGCUGCCAGCGCUGUGACUGCGAUGCUGGGGGCACGUUGGCAGGAACAGUUUGUGACCACGUUUCUGGACAGUGUGUCUGUCUCCCUCAGCGUCAGGGGAGAAGGUGUAACGAGUGUAAACCAGGUUUUUAUUUUUCUCCAUCCAGUGUCACUGGCUGUCUGCCAUGCCUGUGCCACGUAGCCGGUUCAGUGAAUCAGGUCUGCGACAAACUAACUGGCCAAUGUAUUUGCCAAGAUGCCUCUGUAACAGGACAGACGUGUGAACGUUGCAAAGAACUUUAUUUUGGGUUUGACUCUGUCACAGGGAGGUGA